AUGUUUAAUAUAUUUAAAUUACAAUAUAUAAGAUAUGUUAUUUUCAAACAACUAAAAGAACAAUUGGAAAGGGAAAAGAAUAUUAAACCAUCUAUUUUAAGGUUACAAGGUAAAGAUAUUGUAAAUUUAUCAUGGCUUGGUAUGAUAUCAAAGUAUGCAAUGCCAUGGGAUUUUAUCAAACAUUAUUUACCACCUCUUGAUCAGUCAUCAUGGUUAAGAAGAUUAGAUGUUAUUACCAAGUAUUGUUGUCAUCCCAAUGCAACACUGGAUACAUUCAAACAUCUUUUGGAAUGGUCAAAAGAUUAUGAUAUUACAAAAGGAAUUCAUAUCAAUGCUGGAUCAAUGGUACUUAAGUCAAGUCCUCGUAAUAUUUCAAGUAUUUCAAAUAGAGAUAUAUUGGAAUAUCUAAUCGAUCAUUAUCCAAAUAUCAGUUUGGAUGGUAUUGCUGAUAAUGCUGCAAAGUUUGGUAAUUUACCAAUCAUAGAGUUGUUAAACUCUAGUGUAAUUGGUCGAAAACAUUUAAAUCAAUCAAAUGUAAUCGAUAUUGCAGAAAAGAAUGGUCAUUUUCAUAUUAUUGGAUAUUUAAAUAAUCAACCAAUCAUUGAACAUCAGCAAUUAACAUUAUCAUUGGAAGAAAGCAAAUCAUCUAUUAUUAAUAAUAGAAAAGAACAUUUAGAAAAAGAAUUUUAUGCAAAUAGAAAGGUUCCAACUAAAAACUAUCGAACUAUAAUUUAUCCAGAUGAAAUGGAUAUGUUUGCUAGAUUAGGUUAUUUUGAUAAUGUUAAAGAUCUACAUGAAAAUAGUUUAAAAGGAAUUGAAGUCUAUUGUACAACAAAUGCAAUCAAUUGGUCAUCAAUGAAUGGUCAUUUAAAUAUUGUCAAAUAUUUAAAUGAAAAUAGAUUAGAAGGAUGUACAACUGAUGCUAUGGAUAAUGCAUCAUCGAAUGGUCAUCUAGAUAUAGUUAAAUAUUUACAUCUAAAUAGAACAGAAGGAUGUACAACAAGAGCAAUGGAAAAUGCAAUUAUAAAUGGAGAUUUAAUAAUGUUUGUUUAUCUUUUAGAGAAUCGUACAGAAGGACGUUCUUCUAGAUCACCUCCAAGAUUCAAGCCAUAUGAACCACCAUCAUCAUCAUCGACAUUGUAUCAAGCCAAAGAUAUAUUUUCUAUUUUACUACAAUACAAUAUGAUUGAUAUUACCCAAAUCAAUAGUGAUUAUAUUAAACAAUUAUAUUUCCAAGGUUUAUAUGAAUUGGUUGAUCUUUGUAAUUCAUUAUUAAAAAUUAAUACUAAAAUUGAAAAUGAAAUAUCAAUCAAAAUACUAUCCUUUACAACGAUCAAAUAA